UAAGGAGUAACAGAUCGGCACCUGUUUUCUCUGAUCUGCGUCUGACAGUUUACUCUCCAGUCUCAGUGCAAACUCUAUCUGCAGUUUUAUCAGGCUGUCUGACUCAGUGGCUAUAGCACAAAACGUGAUCUUUGGAGCUUUCGGAAAUCAUUUGUUUUACGGAAAAGAGGAGCAGCAAAAAAAGGAACACCAAAAAACUUCUUGGUGCAGGUCCUUGAUUUAAAACUUUCCGUUCUAAGUACGCUAUGGCAGAAAGUGCUUAUCCUGAGGAGGUAAACAGAGACGAAGCAGCGCUGGAUGAGUUCAAUGACAUCAUCAAAAAUCGAUCCGAUGAAAGAGAAGAUGUUCAAAGGAAAACAUUCACGAAAUGGGUAAAUGCUCAGUUUGCAAAGUUUGGGAAACCUCCAAUUGAGGAUCUGUUCAAUGACCUUCAAGAUGGACGAAGACUUCUGGAUCUUCUUGAAGGCCUUACUGGUCAAAAGCUGGUAAAGGAAAAAGGCUCCACCAGGGUUCAUGCUAUAAACAAUGUCAACAAAGCACUUCAGAUCUUGCAAAAAAAUAAUGUUGAUUUGGUGAACAUUGGAAGUGCCGACAUAGUGGAUGGAAAUCAUAAGCUGAUCCUUGGUUUGAUCUGGAGCAUUAUUCUCCAUUGGCAGGUGAAGGAUGUAAUGAAAGACAUUAUGGCUGACUUGCAGCAAACGAACAGUGAAAAGAUCUUACUUAGCUGGGUGCGCCAAUCAACUCGCAAUUACCCACAGGUCAACGUUAUCAAUUUCACCAGCAGUUGGUCUGAUGGAUUGGCUUUUAAUGCACUUAUCCACAGUCACAGACCAGACCUGUUUGAGUGGAAUAGUAUUCUCAGCCAACAAUCUGCUGUUCAGCGGCUGGAUCAUGCAUUUAACACUGCCCAGCAACACAUGGGAAUCGCAAAUCUCCUCGAUCCUGAUGAUAUUGCAACAGAUCAUCCUGACAAGAAGUCCAUUUUAAUGUAUGUUACAUCACUCUUCCAAGUCCUGCCUCAAAAAGUCUCCAUUGAAUCUCUUCGGGAAUUGGAAACCUUACCUCGCCAAAUAGUUACUCCAGAAGAACAUAUUAGACAUUAUGACCAGCGGCAUUUCUCUCAGCAAAUCACUGUCAAUGUAGCACAGGGACGUGUGCACACCCCUUCACCUCCUCCUAAACCUCGCUUCAAAAGCUAUGCCUACACGCAAGCUGCUUAUGUCAUGUACCCUGACCAAAUUGGGAGGCAGUUCCCUCCACAGCAAAUACAAGGUGUGGAUGACCGGCCAUUUGGCAGGUUAGUGAUGGAACCAGAGGUGGAUCUAGAAAGUUACCAGUCAGCAUUGGAAAGAGUGCUUUCUUGGCUUCUUUCUGCUGAGGAUGCUUUACAGAGUCAAGGAGCAAUUUCUGACAAUGUUGAAGACAUCAAAGAACAGUUCCAUACACAUGAGGGCUUUAUGAUGGAAUUAACAUCUCACCAGGGAAAUGUUGGAGAAGUUUUGCAAGCUGGAAGUCAACUGUUAGCUAUUCAGAAACUUUCUGAUGAUGAAGAGAAUGAAAUCCAGGAACAGCUGAAUCUCCUCAAUUCCCGAUGGGAAAGUCUCAGGUUGGCAAGUAUGGACAGGCAAAGCAAUUUACAUAAAACUUUGAUGGACCUGCAAAAUCAACAGCUUCAACAGUUAAGCAACUGGCUUUCGCAAACAGAAAAUCGGAUUAAGAAAAUGGAUUUGGAAAUGUUGGGUCCUGACUUGGAAGAUAUAAAGCGCCAAAUAGAAGAACAUAAGAUUUUGCAGGAUGACUUAGAACAAGAGCAAGUCAGAGUAAAUUCUCUUACUCACAUGGUGGUAGUGGUGGAUGAAGCAAGUGGAGAUAAAACUACAGCUGCCUUAGAAGAACAAUUACAGCACUUGGGAGACCGUUGGGCUGCAAUAUGCAGAUGGACAGAAGACAGAUGGAUUCUAUUGCAGGAAAUUCUUCUGAAAUGGCAACAUUUUGCUGAAGAACAAUGCCGAUUUGAUGCUUGGCUUACGGAAAAGGAGGAGAUGAUUAACACUGUUCAGAAUACAGAAUUUAAGGAUCAGAAUGAAAUGCUUUCUAACCUAAGAAAAUUAGCGAUCUUGAAAGGAGAACUAGAAAUUAAAAAGAAGACAAUGGAUACAUUGUACUCUCUAAGUCAGGAUCUGUUUUCCACACUGAAUAAUAAGAUGGUGUCUCAGAAAAAUGAUGCCAGAUUGGAAAACUUUUCUCUGAGGUGGGAUGAUCUUGUGCAGAAACUAGAAAGCAGUACCAAGAAGAUUUCACAGGCUGUCACCACCACUCAGACAUCACUAACACAGACAACUGUAAUGGAAACUGUAACUAUGGUGACCACCAGGGAGCAAAUUCUUGUUAAGCAUGGUAAGGACGAACUCCCACCGCCUCCCCCUCAGAAGAAAAGACAGAUCCUUGUGGAAUCAGAACUAAGGAAGAGAUUUGAUGUGGAUUUAACAGAAUUGCACAGUUGGAUGACACGUUCUGAAGUUGUUCUGCAAAGUCCUGAAUUUGCAAUACUUCGAAAGGAAGGAGACCUCUCAGACCUUACAAAGAAAGUUAAAGCCAUAGACAGAGAGAAGCCAGAGAAAAGCAGAAAGCUUCAGGAAGCCAACAGGAAUGCCCAGGCUCUUGCUGAACAGAUGCUGAAUGAUGGCCUUAAUGCAGACAACAUCCAACAAUCAUCUCAACAUUUGAACAGCAGGUGGACAGACUUCUGUCAGUUAUUGAGUGAGAGACUUUCUUGGCUGGAAUAUCAAAAUAGCAUCAUUGCCUUUUACUCCCAGUUACAACGAUUGGAGCAGACAGCAAUUACAGCUGAAAACUGGCUGAAAGCACAAAGUAUAACAGCCUCUGAGGCAGAAGCAGUCAAAAUGCAGUUACAAAAAUGCAAGGAUGAAGUUGCUCGUUUGUUAGCUCUCAAGCCUGAAAUUGGAUCCUUGCAAGUCCAAGGAACAAAAUUAAAAGAAAAGGAACAAGGGCCAAUGUUUUUGGACGCAGAUGUAGCAGCUUUUCUCAACCACUAUAAUCAAGUUCUUUCCAACUUGCAAUCUAGAGAAAAACAGCUUCAAAAUAUUUUAGACAGUUUACCUCCAACACAAUACAAGGAGAAAAUGAGCACUAUCCUUCUGUGGAUCCAGCAGUCUGAAACCAAACUUGCUAUACCUCAGGUCACUGUUACUGAAUGUGAAAUCAUGGAACAAAGACUCAGGGAGCUAAAGGCCUUACAAAGUUCCCUGCAGGAGCAUCAGGCUGACAUGAAUUAUCUCAGCAAAACUGCAGCGGAGUUAUCUAGAAAAGCACCUACUGAUGUCAAACAAAAAUAUAGGGCAGAAAUUGAUCAAGCCCAGAGCCGUUGGAAGUCAUUAUCAAAUCAGCUAGCAGGACAAUGCCAAAAAUCAGAAGAGUUACUAAAUAAACAUAGACAGUUUCAGAAUGAUAUCAAAACAUUGAACAAAUGGAUGGCUGAAGUGAAUGUUUUCCUCAACGAAGAAUGGCCAGCCCUUGGAGAUUUAGAAGCACUUGAAAAACAACUAGAACAAUGUAGCGCAUUAGUAAAUGAUAUCCAAACAAUACAGCCUAGUGUAACCAGUGUGAAUGAUGUUGCAGAGAAUUUGAUUAUCAAAGCUGAACCAAAUUAUUUGCCCAAGUUGAAAACUGAAUUACAAAAUCUCAAUGACCAGUGGGAUAACAUAUGCAAACAGGCCCAUGCGAAAAAAGCAGCAUUAAAAGGUGGCUUAGAAAAAACUGUUACUCUCCGGAAGGAUCUAUCUGAAAUGCAAGAAUGGAUAGGACAAGCUGAAGAGGAAUAUUCUGAGAGGGAUUUUGAGUACAAAACACCAGAGGAACUUCAAAAGGCAUUGGAAGAGCUAAAGAGGGCAAGAGACGAAGCUGCUCAGAAGAAGGAUAAAGUUAAGCUUCUAACAGAUUCUGUGAGCAAUUUUAUUGCAACAGCGCCACCUAAUGCCCAUGAACCUUUAAAGAAAGAAUUGAAAGUUCUAGUUAAGAACUAUGAAGGGCUUUGCAGCAGACUGAAUGGAAAGUGUGAAACUCUAGAGGAGGUAUGGAAGUGUUGGCAAGAGCUAUUAUCUUACUUAGAAGCUGAAAACAAGUGGAUUGAUGAUGUUGAGGAAAAGUUAAAGGCGACAGAGGGUGUGAAGGGAUCACCCGAGGAAAUCUCCCAGACUUUAAAGUCCAUAGCAAAGAUUAUGAAACACCCCGAAGACAAUCGCAAUCAAAUUAAAGAACUUGCACAAACAUUGACAGAUGGAGGUGUGAUGGAUGACUUGAUCAAUGAAAAACUAGAGAUGUUCAAUACACGUUGGGAUGAAGUACAACAGGAGGCUGUAAGGAGACAAAAGGUUCUUGAACAAAGUAUUCAGUCUGCCCAGGAGACUGACAAAGCUAUUCGCCUAAUUCAGGAAUCCCUUGGCACCAUAGACAAACAAUUGACGGCCUAUAUUUCUGACAGCAUUGAUGCAGGCCACGUUCCCCAAGAAGCACAGAAAAUACAGUCGGAGUUAUUAAGCCAUGAGAUUAGUUUGGAUGAGAUGAAAAAGAGAAUCCAAGGAAAGGAAAUGUCUAAAAAAGUUCUAUUGCAGAUUGAAAUUUCUCAGAAAAAACUACAAGAAGUUUCCACUAAGUUUAGAUUAUUUCAAAAACCAGCAAAUUUUGAACAGCGUCUUAUAGAAUCUAAAAGAAUUUUGGAUGAAGUGUCCUUUGACUUACCAAUUCUGGAUAUGGAGAGUGUUGAGCAGGAUGCAGUCCAAACGCAACUGGAUCACUGCAUGAAACUUUAUAAAAUUUUAAGUGAAGUCAAAUCUGAAGUGGAAACAGUGAUAAAGACUGGACGUCAAAUAGUUCAGAAACAGCAAACCGAGAACCCAAAAGAUCUUGAUGAGAGGCUGACUGCAUUAAAACUGGAAUAUAAUGAGCUAGGAGCUAAGGUGACUGAGGGGAAGCAGGUCUUGGAAAAAUGCCUAAAAUUAUCAAGAAAGCUCAGGAAAGAAACAAGCAGCUUGACUGAAUGGCUAGCAAUGAUAGACACAGAGGUAACAAGGAGAUCCUCUGAGGAGGGCAUGCCAACUAACUUAGAGGAAGAGAUUGCCUGGAGCAAGACAAUACAAAAAGAGAUUGAAAAGCGACAGCAGCAAUUAAAGAACAUUCAAGACUUAGGGGAUUCACUUAAAGCUGUUAUUGGUGAACAUGGCAACCUGGUUGAUGAUAAACUUAGUCUACUGAAUAGCAAUUGGCUGGCAGUAACAUCAAGAGCUGAAGAGUGGUUCUGCCUUUUGUUGGAAUAUCAAAAACAAAUGGAGUCUUUUGACCAAGGCAUUGCUAGCACUACAGCUUGGAUGUACCGUGCUGAAAUAUUACUAGAUGAGGUGGACAAACAAAAGCCACUACAAAUGGAAGAGACCCUGAAGCUACUGAAGUCUGAGCUGAAUGAUAUUCAGCCGAAGGUGGAAUUAGUACAUGACCAAGCUACAGAGCUAAUGAUGAACCAUGGUAAUGAAUGCAAGAAGAUAGUAGAAAUCAAGCUGUCUGAACUUGAUCAACGAUUUGCUCCAAUAUCACAAAGAAUUAAAACAGAAAAGCCUAUGGUUUCUUCCAAAGAGCUGGAACAGUUUCAUUCUGAUAUCCAGAAAUUGCUUGAACCACUGGAGGCUGAAAUUCAACUUGGAGUGAAUCUCACUGAAGAAGACUUCAAUAAAGAUACGAGUGAAGAAAACGAUGGCCAAGUGAAAGAAUUGCUGAAACGAGGGAAUUACCUUCAGCUAAAAAUACCAGAUGAUAAAAAGAGGGAAGAAAUCAAACUAAAACACCAGCUUUUACAAGCUAAAUAUAAUACUCUCAAGGAUUUGAGAUCACAAAGAAGGAAAAAGGCUUCAGAGAUUUCCCAUCAGUGGUAUCAAUACAAAAGACAAUCUGAUGAUUUAUUGAAAUGUUUGGAUGAUAUUGAGAAGAAAAUCGCUAGUCUUCCAGAACCCAAAGAUGAGCAGAAGCUUAAGGAGAUUGAUGGAGAAUUGGAAAAGAAGAAAGAAGAACUGAAUGCUGUACACAGACAAGCUGAACGUUUGUGUAAGGAUGGGGCUGCCAAAGCAGUGGAGCCAACUCUGAUCCAUCUUAACAAACGGUGGCGAGAAAUUGAGAGCAAAUUUGCUCCUUUCCGAAGACUGCACUAUGCACAAAUUCAAACUGUUCAUGAAGAAAGCACUCGUUCAUUGAUUGAGGGAAUGAAAGUGGAUGCCUCUUAUGUGCCUUCUACAUACCUGGCAGAGAUUGCACGCUUCCUGCAGUCUGUUGCUGAGGUUGAUCUUCUACUAAACUCUUCAUGUUUUAAUAACAAAGACUGUGAAGAUCUCACCAAACAAGAUGAGUGUCUUAAGAACUCCAAAGAAAUCCUUGAAAGACUGGCGGGUCAAUAUGCGAUCAUUGAGAGCAAAAAGAACCCAGUUCUCCAGUCUGCUACCCCGAAGGAGAGUGAGAGGGUUAAUGAAAAACUGGCUGAGCUUUCAUUCAACUGGGACAAUGUCAACAAGCUAUACAAAAAACGGCAAGAGAGGUUUGACAGAUCGCUAGAGAAGUGGAUGAAACUGCAGGAUGACAUGAAUAACCUGAACCAGUGGCUAACUGAAGCAGAGACAAUUCUUUCUGAGUCCCAAGGUGAUCCAAGGGAUACAGAGAAACUGAGACAGCAGCAACAGGGGGUAAAGGUUCUUGAAGAUGGCAUAGAGCAGCAGCAAGCUACAGUUAGAGCCCUGAAUGUAUAUGGAGGAGAAGUUGCUGAGCAGUCUUCAACUGCUGAUGCUUCCCGUAUUAAGGAGAAUUUAGAUACACUGAAUUCUCGCUGGUUUACAAUCCACAGGAAGCUUAAUGAAAGAAGGGAAAGACUAGAAGAGGAGAAGAAGAACUUAUAUGGACUUCAAGGAGAGUUACAAAAUUUCCAAGUGUGGUUAGAAGAUGCAGAAGAAAUUGCCAGUACACCAGCAGAGCAAGGAAAUGAGCCUCAGCUAAAUGAAUUACUGGAAAAAGUCGAGUUUAAAGUGGGCGAACUUCAGCCAUGCAAAGAAGUGUUGAAACAACUGAAUGAAUUUGGUGGAACAGCUAUAGGAAGUGCUACAAUAUCUGCUGAAGAAAAAAGAAAAAUUGAAAGUGGACUAAAGGAGGCUAAUCAUCGCUGGAUAAAGGUGUCAAAGGACCUUCAUGAUAAGCAAAAUGAAAUAGAGGAUCAUUUAAAGAAUGUUUCCUUGUUUGAACUUCAGUUGAAUCAGUUGACAUUGUGGAUUUCAUCUGUAAAAGACCAGUUAUUAUUCUACAAUCAAGUAGGAAGACCGGGAGCAUUUGAUAUCAAGGAAACAGAGGAUGUUAUAACAGCAAAAAAGCCACAUGUGGAAAGCAUAUUGUCUAAGGGUUAUCAGCUGCAUACAGAGAAAUCUGUGUCCUAUCCUGUAAAGAGAAAAUUAGAAGAUUUGAAUAAAGAGUGGAAUACAGUAAAUCAUUUACUAGAAGAACUAAAGAGGAGACCUGUGGUACCAUCAACUGAUCGUCCUGAACAAACAGCCUCUGUGGUUACUCAGACUCUGCUAACAACAGGAACAGCGGAUAUGCCAUCUUCACUUCUCUUAGAGGUCCCAGCCUUGGCUGAAUUCAACAAGACAUGUGCCGAACUUAAAGACUGGCUCACCCUUCUUGACCGUGUGAUAAAGGCGCAAAUUGUAACAGUAGGCGAUGUGGAAGAAAUUAAUGAAAUGAUUAUCAAACAAAAGGUAACUCUACAGGAUUUAGAACAAAAGCACCCUCAUUUGGAAGAACUCAUAACAGCAGCACAAAAUCUGAAAAACAAAACAAGCAAUCCAGAAGCUCGUGCAGUGGUAACAGAUCGCAUUGAAAAAAUACAAAAUCAGUGGGAGGAAGUACAAUGUCAUCUCCAAAAUCGAAGACAACAGCUACAGGAAAUGCUGAAGGAUUCUGCCCAGUGGAUUGAAGCUCGUCAUGAGGCAGAACAGAUGUUAGAAAAAGCAAAAGGAAGGGUUGUAUCUUGGAAAGAAAUCUCAUAUACUGUUGAAGCACUGAAGAAACAAAAUACUGACCUUAAGCAAUUUUCCAAAGAACUUCGUCAGUGGCAGAUAAAUGUUGAUGUAGCAAAUGAUUUGGCCUUCAAGCUUCUGCGGGACUAUUCGGCUGAUGACACCAGAAAAGUGGAACUAAUGAAAGACAACAUUAAUAUUACAUGGACAAAAAUUAAUAAAAGAGUUAGUGAUCGUGAUGGUGCUCUUGAGGCAGCUUUACGACUGUUGCAGCAGUUUUACUUGGACUUGGAAAAGUUUCUUGCCUGGCUAACAGAAGCUGAGACUACAGCCAAUGUACUACAUGAUGCAAAACAUAAAGAAGGACUGUUAGAAGAUACACAGGGCAUUCGGGAACUGAUGACUCAGUGGCAGGAGCUGCAAGCAGAAAUUGAUGGCCACACAGAAGUCUUUCAUUCUUUGGAUGAAAAUGGUCAGAAAAUGCUUAAAUCACUAGAAGGAUCUGAAGAUGGAGCCCUUUUGCACAGGCGGCUUGAAAACAUGAAUAUCAGAUGGAAUGAGCUCAGGAAAAAAUCCCUUAACAUCAGGUCUCAUUUAGAAGCCAGCACAGAACACUGGAAGCGAUUACAUAUCUCUCUGCAGGAGCUUCUUGCAUGGUUGCAGCUAAAGAGUGACGAGCUAAAGCAGCAGGAGCCCGUUGGUGGGGAUGUUCCCGAAGUACAAAGCCAGAUUGACACACAUCGGGCCUUCAAAAGGGAGUUAAAAGCCAAGGAACCUGUUAUCAUGAGUGCACUUGAUACUGUGCGAAUAUUCAUCACAGAUCACCCUUUUGAGGGACUCGAGAAGCUGUACCAUGAGCCAAGAGACCAUCACGCUGAAGAGCCAUCCAAGAAUGUCAGCAGGAUCCUGCAGAAGCAGGUAGAUGAUGUAAGGACUGAGUGGGACAGGUUGAAUGUGCACUCAGUGGAGUGGCAGAGAAAAUUAGACGAUGCACUUGAAAGACUACAGGAACUCCAGGAUGCAAUGGAUGAACUGGACCAUAAACUGCAUCAAGCAGAGGCUAUGAAAGGAUCCUGGCAGCCAGUGGGAGAUUUGCUCAUUGACUCUCUUCAAGAUCACAUAGGAAAAAUCAAGGCCUUCCGAGCAGAAAUAGCACCAAUUAAAAAUAAUGUAAAUCAAGUAAAUGAUCUUGCACACCAGUUCACUGCAACUGAUAUCCAGCUGUCACCAUAUAACCUCAGUCAUCUGGAGGAGUUGAACACAAGAUGGAAGCUCCUGCAGGUGUCCAUUGAUGAGCGCAUCAGACAAUUACAUGAAGCCCACAGGGAUUUUGGCCCCACGUCUCAGCACUUCCUAUCCACUUCUGUCCAGGGUCCAUGGGAGAGGGCAAUUUCACCAAAUAAAGUGCCAUACUACAUAAAUGAUGUAAAGAACAAAGAUAAUCAUGGAUUGCAAGGAAUAUACCAUGAAUCGCAAACAACCUGCUGGGAUCAUCCCAAAAUGACAGAGCUUUACCAGUCUUUAGCUGACCUGAAUAAUGUGAGAUUUUCAGCAUACAGAACUGCCAUGAAGCUAAGGAGACUGCAGAAGGCCUUGUGCUUGGAUUUACUGGGCUUGUCUGCAGCCUGUGAUGCCUUGGACCAGCACAACCUUAAGCAAAAUGACCAGCUUAUGGACAUCCUUCAAAUUAUUAAUUGCCUAACUACAAUUUAUGACCGGCUGGAGCAAGAGCACAACAACCUGGUGAACGUUCCUCUUUGUGUGGACAUGUGCCUGAACUGGCUCCUUAAUGUUUAUGACACGGGUCGCACAGGAAGAAUUCGAGUGUUGUCUUAUAAAACUGGUAUUAUUUCCCUAUGUAAAGCACAUUUGGAAGAUAAGUACAGAUACCUGUUUAAGCAAGUGGCAAGCUCUACUGGAUUUUGUGACCAGCGGAGACUGGGCCUCCUCCUCCAUGAUGCCAUCCAGAUACCACGGCAGCUGGGUGAAGUGGCUUCCUUUGGUGGAAGUAACAUAGAACCCAGUGUUAGGAGCUGUUUUCAGUAUGCCAACAAUAAACCAGAAAUUGAAGCAGCCCUGUUUCUGGACUGGAUGAGGUUGGAGCCACAGUCUAUGGUUUGGCUGCCGGUGCUUCAUAGAGUUGCUGCUGCUGAAACUGCCAAACAUCAAGCCAAGUGUAAUAUCUGUAAGGAAUGUCCCAUUAUUGGUUUCAGGUACAGAAGUUUAAAGCACUUUAACUAUGACAUCUGCCAAAGCUGCUUCUUUUCCGGCCGUGUUGCAAAAGGUCACAAAAUGCACUAUCCGAUGGUUGAAUAUUGCACUCCUACUACAUCUGGAGAAGAUGUACGCGACUUUGCAAAGGUUUUAAAGAAUAAAUUCAGGACUAAACGAUACUUUGCGAAGCACCCAAGAAUGGGUUACCUGCCUGUUCAGACUGUCCUAGAAGGAGACAACAUGGACACUCCUGUUACACUGAUCAACUUCUGGCCAGUAGAUUCUGCCCCUGCCUCAUCUCCCCAGCUAUCACACGAUGACACUCACUCACGAAUUGAACAUUAUGCUAGCAGGCUAGCUGAAAUGGAAAACAGCAAUGGAUCCUACCUAAACGAUAGCAUUUCCCCCAAUGAAAGCAUAGAUGAUGAGCAUUUGCUUAUCCAGCACUACUGCCAAAGCUUGAACCAGGAGUCUCCUCUAAGCCAGCCCCGAAGUCCUGCUCAGAUUCUAAUCUCCUUGGAAAGUGAAGAGCGAGGAGAGCUUGAGAGGAUUCUCGCUGACUUGGAAGAGGAGAAUAGGAAUUUGCAGUCUGAAUAUGACAGAUUGAAGGAGCAGCAUGAUCACAAGGGCUUGUCUCCACUGCCCUCCCCUCCAGAAAUGAUGCCAGCCUCCCCGCAAAGCCCACGUGAUGCAGAACUUAUUGCAGAAGCCAAACUACUACGCCAGCACAAAGGACGGCUAGAAGCUAGAAUGCAAAUACUAGAAGAUCACAACAAGCAACUGGAGUCUCAACUGCAUCGGCUCAGACAAUUGCUAGAACAGCCGCAGGCUGAGGCAAAGGUCAAUGGUACAACCUUUUCCUCUCCUACUCCCUCACUACAGAGAUCAGAGAGUAACCAGCCUAUGUUGCUUCGUGUGGUUGGCAGCCAAACAUCUGAAACUAUGGGAGAGGAUGAUCUCAGUCCUCCUCAUGAUACAAGCACAGGACUAGAGGAAGUCAUGGAGCAGCUUAACAACUCCUUCCCCACUGCAAGAGGAAGAAAUGUCCCUGGAAAGCAAAUGAGAGAGGAAACCAUGUAGGAAAUCUUUUUCACAUGGCUGAUGAUUUGGGAAGAGCGAUGGAAACUUUAGUCACUGUCAUGACUGACGACGAGGUGUUAGAGUAACAA